CGUUUGUGAAAAGGAAAGGACUCAUUUGUUCAUGACCGUCACAGAGAAACACAGCCAGACAGUACGAGAGGAGGGAACACAUAAGGGAUUACCAUGGUGGCAAUCACAGAGUUCCAAAAGAUUGGUAUUGGUCUAAUUGGAUUUGGUUCAUUUUUCCUGCUCUUUGGUGUGCUGUUGUACUUUGACUCUGUUUUGCUGGCCUUUGGGAAUAUCUUGUUUCUGAGUGGUGUGACAUUCAUUAUUGGCUUCAGAAGGACAGCUCACUUCUUUUUCCAAAGGCAAAAGUUUCGAGGUUCUUUCUUCUUCCUGGGAGGUGUGUCUCUGGUGCUGUGCCGAUGGCCAAUCAUUGGAAUUCUGGUGGAGAGUUACGGCUUUGUGCUUUUAUUCAGGUCCUUCUUCCCCAUGGCCUUGGGAUUUGUGCUGUCAGCUGUGAAUAGCCCUUUCCUCAGUGCAUUUUUCUCCAGCAGCUCUUCCAUGGUCUAAGCAGAAGAACAUCUUGUUGCAGUGAUGGAAAGCUCGAUGCCCUUUAAGUAACAGUGUUAAUUAAAUAGUGGGUAGGCAGAAGGGAGAACUGAUUAGUAUCUCAACUGUUGUCAUUUAUUUUGUUGAUGUAUUUUGCUGAUGUACUGUACUAUGUAUGAAUUGGGUUACAAUUAAUGAUAAUGAAUAGUAGUACUGCUUAAAAGAUACUCCUACCUGGAGCUCACCUGGCAGAGCUGCCACCCCAUGUACCAAAGCUGAGUCCUUGCUGCAGCAGCCAUGGGUUUGAGUCUGACCUGUGGCCCUUUGCAGCAUAUCAUCGCCUCUCUCUCUCUCUCUCUCUCUCUCUCUCCCCCCCCUUUCCUUUCACUCUUCAGCUGUCCUAUAAAAAAAUGCAAAAAAACCCAACAUUUUUACAGAAUUUAAAAAAAUCUUGCAGUUGUACAGGAUCUGUUUCACAUUUCAUUUUACAAUCAUUUACUGAUUUAUUUAAACCUCUUAAUGUGUUCUUGUUGUUUUGCUGAAUUAGGAAACAAUAUAUUUCCCUAGUUUGUCUAGCAGUUUCAUAUACUGUGUAAUUCUCCACGGGUUGUAUUCAUGGAGCCAUCAUUACACUCGUUACAUUAAAUUGAGCAGAUGAUUUCAUGAUAACCAGUAAAACCUAUGCAGCAAUGUGUACUAUUGCUCCUAUAUCAUUCUAAAUAAAAGUUUAAUAAAUGUACUUCAAGACCUA